CACGGAUCAGCGAUUUUGCCAUCAGAGAUUGUGGCUGAAACAAAAGAAAGAAGUUUAUUUGCAAGUUGGUGCCCACAAGAGCAUGUGCUGAACCAUCCAUCAGUUGGAGGAUUUUUAACACACAGCGGUUGGAGUUCAACCAUUGAGAGCCUGACUGCAGGAGUGGCUAUGCUCUGUUGGCCAUUCUUUGGCGACCAGCAAAUGGACUGCCGCUAUACUUGCAAUGAAUGGGGCAUUGGCAUGGAAAUCAAUAAUGACGUGAAGAGGGAUGAAGUAGAGAAGCUUGUUAGAGAGUUAAUGGAGGGGAAGAAGGCUAAGAAGAUGAAAAAUAAGGUCAUGGAGUUGAAGAAACUUGCAGAAGAAUCUACUAGUCCUCACGGUUCUUCAUCCAAGAACUUCGACAAUUUAGUAAAUCGUGUGCUAUUAAGGAAAAGCUAGAGGUCAGCUUUAACAAUAUUGUUAAGCUUUUGAUGUUUUUUCAUUGUUGGCCAUAGCCUCAAACGAUAAUUAUCUGGCUAGCAAGAUGUGAGGAAGCAUGUACUGCAUUCCUAAAUGUUUUUUGGUUCAAUAACUAGAAAUCUGUUUAGCCUGCGACCACCAUCUUAAAUUCUGUCAAAUAAUAUCAUGUACUAGUAAGUGGCUGUAACUCAGUUUGUUAAAAGCAUUCGUCUUUGCAUUUGAAAUUUUAUGUAUGAAUCCCCCUUCCCGUCG